AUGGCCAGGCCCUCGGCUGAGCUUCGCGACCCCUCGGCCACCUCCGGCACGCUGUCGUUUGUAGGAGGCCAGUCGGACGAGACGCUGUACGUGAUGGGGGACGAGUUUUUGCUGCCGCCCGCCGACCAUGGGAAACAGGCGUGGCUGUUUCUCGCCGCCGCCUUUGUCGUCGAGGCCUUGACUUGGGGUUUUCCCUUUGUCUUUGGCGUGUUCCAUGACUAUUAUGUCACUCACGAGCUCUUUGCCGGGUCCUCUCAAAUACCCAUCAUCGGAACUUGCGCCUUGGGCAUCAUGUUCUUAGACGUUCCUCUCGUCAUGGGGCUCCAGCGGCUCUUCCCAAGCUUCGGCAGAUGGUCGCCCGUCAUCGGCCUGCCCAUAAUGUCCAUCUCCCUUGCCGCGAGCUCCUUCUCGCGCAAGCCAGCGCACCUCAUCGUCACCUAA